AGCUUACCUGCUUUACCUUCUCACUUUUGGGGUACACUCGUCGUGUAGCUAAAGCCAUUAUUCGCCGUAGAUCAAGUAAAAAAGGCACGAUUUCUCGAAACUUCCGUCACCCAAAAUCACAGUUCCGGUGCAUUUUUGAACGUCCGUGUACAUAUUUCGUCCCGUCGUGAUUAGUUGCAUAUUCGAGUGCCGUGGUGUUAAAACUUGUGGACCGCUUUUACCUGCAGUGAGAGUUGUUUUUGGCGUAUUCUACUCGAUUCUAAAAUAGAAAAUGACCCGUGGAAACCAGCGUGAACUGGCGCGUGCAAAGAACCAAAAAAAGAAUGCCGGCCAACCGAAGCAACGGGACGACGGACUUACUCACGAGCAAAGGAAGCAGCGGGAUGCUGACAUUAUGAGACAAAAGCAACAGAAAAAGGAGGACGGAGGACAGCAUACGAUCAAAAGUUAAUAUCCGUUCUGGCACGUUCGAAGCGCCAAAAGCAUCCCCAUAUAUAAUCACGCAAACGAGGCCAAACCCAUCGUAAUAACCAACACACACUAUGGCUGUCCGUAAACUUCAACCGCUACCCUUGAUUUUUGGUAAACAUGUUUCAAAUCAUUUAUGAUUGCUGAAAGCAGCGUCUUUCUUUAUGUUGGGGUCAUUUUGUUGAUACUUUGAUCGUUUUACUUCUGAAUGAUGAAUAUGCUACGAUGUUGUAGCAAACUGUCAGGUGUUACGAAGUUGCACGAGCAAUGGAUAUUAUAAACCGUGAUUUAAUUGAACGCUUCACAGUACACACUGCUUGGUGCACAAGCCUUUAUGGUUUCGUUUUACGCUACCUAGUAUUAGACGUGUGGGUUGGGCUGAGAGUCUACAGUUGAAAGCAAAAAUGCUAUGCAUUGAACAGUACAGUCCACAACCUCCCGAUAAAGCAAUAGCAGGAAACUCAGCGAGCUCAAACAAGCUAAACGAAACAGUAAGCAACAUGUAAACGGCAGGAAAACUGCAAUAACACACACACACACACGCGCGUUUCAAGUAUUGUUAAAGUUAACCGGUUUAGUAGCUAGUGGAAGCGUUACUGGCUUUUAGUAACAGUUACGCGUAGCCGAUGUGCGCACAGUUGAGGUUAAUAGCAAAGGGUGAGACUUGCGUUUUGUUUUCGAUCUACCCUGCCGACGGAUGAGCAUUAGAUUAUAGAUGAGCAAUGGGGACUGAAUUUUGAACGCGAUUUUGCUAGACUUUUCCUUUUGUGAAUCUUGUUAGGAUUGUCCAUGAUUUUGUGCUUUCUUACAAUCAGAUAAAAGCUUCUACUUAAGAAUAAGUGGAUAUACAGCCAGGGUAUUGUAAGGAAAAUAUUUCUUUUCAAUUUUCUUUAUCAAAAGGUGUGAAGAACAUCUGGUGUAGACUCAAAAAUAUAUCCACAAGUAACAAAAUUACAGCCGAAAGAGUUAACUCAUCGCCAUGUCAAAACGCUAUUUUCAAUGUUGUCAUAUGUUGUUAUAAAUCGGUAUCCAUCGGUAUCUGUGAACCGAAAUGGCUUGAACUUUUAAUCAGAUAUUAUUUAAACAGUUUUCUAGUUCAAUUUUAAUCGUUUGUCAUUUUGUCAAAAAUUAAAAAUCCCCAAAUCCACUACCGCAAGUAGUAGAGUUCAGUAUCUGCUGUUCAAAUAUACUUAAAUUUUUGGAUACCGAUGCUGUUUGACACAAUGCAAGUGAGUACCGCAAAAUAGUUUUUUUUACAGCGCUCCGAUAAAAGUCCCUGUAGUAUCCACAAGUUUUUUAUAUAUCUUUUAUUACUUACUCUGAAAUGGAUGAACUUCCAAAUGGCCUUGCCGGCUACCCAAUACAUAAGGAAGUUUCUUUUAAAAAAUCGCAAAAAUUAUCUUCUUUCCGAGUCUCUGAGUGUAUAUCCUACGUUAAAGACUACACAGCUGCAUACUUUAUCUUCCUUGUGCCGUUUUGUAUCUUAUAGAUGCCAUUUGAUUAAACGCUCAACAAAUAUAUAAAUAUUCAGCAACCAGUCAGAUGAAUAUUGAAGUGGGUGUUUGAGUUGAGCGCGCAAACAAUAACCACUUUCUUUCGUUAGCUUUGAUGAUCUAAUUUAAACAUUUAUUAAAGGAUUGUUUGCUCAGCACUGAGGUGAUGAUGGAAAUGGCAUCAUAUUUAAAUGGAUAAGUUCAAUUUUGUUUGCUUGUAUUGCGGAAUUUUUUUAUUGUUACUCUUAAUUAGUUCAAAAUCUACACCACAAACAAUGUGAGAUAUAGGAAAGAAAGGAGAAAGUUGCAAUGGCUUAAGAAGGCCAGUAGGCGUUUGAAUAAAAUAAUACCCUUCUCACACCCGAAACUAGCUGUUGUAUAGAAGACCGUAAAUGAAAUAGAAGUAAACGCAAAUAAACCACCAUGAUUAAAUAAUUAAA